UUUUUGUAUUACAUGGUCUUUCGUUUCCUUUACAAAUUCGCCCGACCAAACCUAUCGAGACUUUUUCCUAAUCUUUCGUUUAACAUCCAUUCAUAUCCCUCUCUGAUCUCUUUUCGAUCUUAUCUAUUUGCUAGUUCAUUGAUUUGGUCGUUGUUAUUUCAAUCUUUUGUUCUAAUUUCUUAAUUGAAUUUAUAAUCUUGGUUGAGAACAAAAAAAGGUUUAAAAAAAUAUGAAGGGGAAUACUGGAAAUCCAUUGGCCUUGACAUCCCUGAAUCACAUCUCCCUAGUUUGCAGAUCAGUUGAAAAAUCCAUUGAAUUCUACAAGAAUGUUCUUGGUUUUGUGCCUGUUAGGAGGCCUGGAUCAUUCAAUUUUAAUGGCGCUUGGCUGUUUAGUUACGGAAUUGGGAUUCAUUUACUUCAAUCGGAAGAUCCUGAGAAAAUGCCAAUGAAAACUGAAAUCAAUCCCAAAGAUAACCAUAUCUCUUUCCAGUGUGAGAGCAUAGAUGCAGUGGAGAAGAAGCUGACAGAAAUGGGAAUAAAAUACGUGAGGCAUCUGGUGGAAGAAGGAGGUAUAUACGUUGAUCAGUUAUUUUUCCAUGAUCCAGAUGGCUUCAUGGUUGAGAUUUGCAACUGCGACAACUUGCCAGUGAUUCCCUUGGCUGGCGAAAUGGCUCGUUCUUGUUCAAGGGCAAAUCUUCAGUUGCUUCAACCUCAACAAGCACAGCAGCAAUCCAUAGCAAAAGUUCCAGUGGUCAAGCCUUAAAGAAGAGGAUGCAUAUGUUUCAGUGUCCCAUAUUUUGGAUCUUCUUCGUGUUCAGGAUCAAGAUUCAAGACUGAGUAAUUACCUGAGAGAUGUUAGUUACUAGUACUAUUUGUUUUUAGCGAUGUGAGUAUUCUAUGUGUUUGGGUAUGGUUGUUAGUAAUAAGACAUAAUUGUCCAGAUUUGGAGUUGUGUAUGAGCUGGUCUCAGUGAUUCCUUAACUGAUUCUGUUUUCUUCUGAGAUGCAAUGUCUUGAAUGUAACCAAGAUGGAGGACCCAUGUGGGAAGAUCUCAAAUCACAUUUGGAAUCUUCAGAAGAUGUCUAUAUAUAUAAAAGUGAAAAAAAUCUAUAAGGCUUUAUUUUAUGCUAAUAAA